AUGGCGUGGAUGAAGCGACUUUGGCACGUCGCCGUCGCCGCCGCGUCCCUGGGCCUCUUCUCCUCCGUCGCUGCCCACGGCGGCGAGGAGCAUCACGAUGACGCCGACGAUGCCGCCCUCCCCGCCAUCGCGCAGUUCUGCCUCGACGGCUGGGACCGGCAAGGGCCGCGGUUCUGCAUGGCCGCCAGCAUGUACCACAACCACUCCACGUCAGCCCACGACAUGCUCGUCUCCGUCGAGGUGACCCGGCCCGCCGACGCGGCCCUCGCCAGCGCCGGCUGGCUCGCCAUCGGCUCCGGCGCCGUCAUGUCCGGGUCCCUCAUGUUCGUCGUCUACGGCGACCCCCUCACCGGCCAGGGCCCCUUUGUGAGCGCCCGCGGGGUCGAGAUUGGCAAUGGCCACACGCCGCCUGACGUGCUCUCGCGCGACGACCCCAGCCUCAACCACGGCGUGCUCGUGCAGCAGCUCGGCGCCGGCGAGUGGCGCGCCGGCGCGAACGGGACGCACGUCGGCGUGGUGCGCUUCGCGUGCUACGCGUGCACCGCGUGGUCCGGUCACGCCGUCGACGCCGAGGCGACGUCGCAGCCGCUGAUCUGGGCCUUCAACGGGCUCGAGGACAUGGCGCCGUACGCCUGGGACCAGCCGCUGCACAAGCACGUCGGUGUCAGCGGCUGGGGCAACUUCUACGCCAACCUGCAGGCGGCCUCGACGCACCACGCCGCCGGCCCGCCCGCCGUCGUCCCCGGCCACGACCGCAUCAACGCCGCCGCCACGCACAUCACCGUCAAGCCGCCCUCCUUCUUCCAGCGGCUGCGCGCGCGCCCCGCUGCCCACGCCCACGGCUUCGUCAUGCUCCUCGCCUUCCUCGCGCUCUUCCCGCUCGGCGUCGUCGGCAUCCGCUCCGGCCUCGACCGUGCCUUCAAGUACCACUGGACCAUCCAGGCCGGCGCCAUGUGUUUUGCCACCGUCGGCGCCGCGCUCGGCAUCUACAUGAGCCGCGGGAACCUGCUCGGCUCCGCGCACCAAAAGGUCGGCCUGGCCGUGUUCGCUCUGCUGUUCGCGCAGGCGGCGUCGGGCUGGUGGCACCACGUCCGGUUCGUGCGGAUCCGCCGUCGCACGUGGGUGUCGUACGCGCACAUGGGGCUCGGUUGGGGCAUCCUGCUCGGCGGCUGGGCGAACGCGGUCACCGGCGCGAUGCUGUUCGGCCUCGGGCGGCCGGGCCUGCUGGUGCUCGUGGGGCUGGUCGCGACCGAGCUUAUGGCGCUCGUGGCCGUCGUGUACGUGGCCAGGAGGAAGUCGCGGCAGGACAGGGCCAAGGCCACGGCCAAGGCCACGGACUGGAGAGACGGGGAGAACGAGGAGUACUUUGCGCUGGAUGACGCGGACAGCGAAGAUGACGAUGAGGAGGAUACGUCCAGUAGGAAGUCGGACGAAAAGCUACGGCCCGCAAAGUAUCACAAAUAA